AUGAGUCAAGAAGAGCAACCACGGAGGCCACAAGAGCCAGUCAAAUAUGGAGACGUUUUCGAAGUCUCCGGUGAACUCGCCGAUAAGCCCAUAGCGCCUGAGGAUGCAAACAUGAUGCAAGCUGCGGAGACACGUGUGUUUGGUCACACUCAGAAAGGCGGUGCAGCUGCGGUCAUGCAGUCUGCGGCUACCGCAAACAAACGUGGUGGUUUUGUCCAUCCAGGUGACACAACUGACCUCGCUGCCGAAAGAGGUGUCACGGUGGCACAAACAGACGUCCCUGGUGCACGUGUUACUACAGAGUUCGUUGGUGGACAGGUGGUUGGACAAUACGUUGAGCCAAGGCCUGUGGCGACUGCUGCUGCCACAGCCUCAGAAGUGUUGGGAUUGAACUUACAAAGCGCGAUAACGAUUGGAGAAGCAUUGGAAGCGACAGUGCAGACCGCUGGAAACAAACCGGUGGAUCAGAGCGAUGCAGCUGCGAUUCAGGCGGCAGAAGUUAGAGCUUCUGGCACUAAUGUCAUUGCUCCUGGAGGAAUCAGCGCUUCAGCUCAAUCCGCAGCGAAUCACAACGCUACUGUAGACCGCGACGAGGAUAAAAUCAAGCUCAUUGAUGUUUUGGCGGGUGCAACGGGAAAGUUAUCCGCGGAUAAAGCUGUGACGAGGCAGGAUGCAGAAGGAGUGGUGACCGCUGAGCUGAGGAACAACCCUAAUCUGUCUACUCACCCUGGUGGUAUAGCAGCUUCUAUUACCGCAGCUGCUAGGCUUAACCAGAAAUCUGAUAUAUGAUAAAAUCAGGCAGGAGGAGGAUGGUUUGUUUAGAAGUUCUGUCCUUUUGCUUUUUCCUUGCAAUAUAGGGAACUUGUGAUGUAAAAUUGUCUUAAGUUUUGUUUCUGUUGUUCAAAAAAGUUCCAAUGAUAAUGUUAGUAUGGGAAAAAGUCACUUUGCUGUUAAAAAGUUGAAACCUUUCUUGAGCCUGAUAGCUUCAAUAUCUAACACAACUGAUCUACAAAAUAUGACGAUUCUCCAGUCUUGCUAGUUUUUGUAACACUCAAAACAUCCUUUUCCAGAAAAGGUUACGGCUUUUAAACAAAGAGAUCCCAAAAA